AUGCAGCCAACUCAAAAUAUGUUUGUAGUAUUUGGCUCAUUUGGAGUCUAUUUGAAUCCACUUUUAUCUUCCUACGGAUUAACAUCAAUGCAAAUAGGAGUUGUAUCAUUCAUCUCCAAUGGUGUGGCCACCUUUUCGCGUAUCAUUUUUGGAAUCAUUGCGGACAGAACAAGGAAGUAUCAUCGAGUGCUCUUCUGGUUGACUAUAAUCAGUGCGGUAGUGGUCCUGUCUUUUGGAUUUCUGCCCAGAAGUUGGAACGCUUUCUACGAAGGCAGAAUUUAUUCAGACGGGACGUUUAUCUCAAAAUGGAUUCGGAAUGAAGAUGGGGAUCCUAAACGAAGCUUUGUUACCUGCUGGCCUACUUAUCUGCGACAGUGCUUUUCGAAUGUGACCACUAUGGUAAAUCCAGUGAACUUUGUUCUCGGCAGAGCCGACGCCACAUCAAACCAAGCGUUCUAUUUGGCUGAAACGUCAUCGAUGAUAAUGAAAAGCCAGAGCUCUACCGGCCAAAACAUACCUGUAAAUGUUAUCUGUUCAGUUAUUGGUCCCAAUCACGAUCACUUGUGCCAUGAACCACGAAACAAAAUACCAGCAAUCGCAACCACGACAACAUUCUUAAUAGCUCUCCUGAUGCGCUCCAUCUUCAACGGUCUCUUCAUGCCGACCACAAAUUUGCUUGACUCGGUCACACAUGCCGCACUGGGUGAGCGCGAUGCACAUCUCUAUGGUCGGUCGCGUGUGUUUGCCUCGCUAGGUUAUGCGGUGUCUGUCACAGUGACCGGAUUUCUCAUUUCCCACUAUACUGCAUCAUCUCGACCGUCUUCUUCAUUUCCCACCGUUGUUGAACCCUCACAAGACUAUCUUCCGGCAAUUAUGUUGGGCAGUGCUUUCGCUCUUGCAGCAGCUCUGUUCGGUGGAAUGACUCAAGUCUCAGUGGGCGCUAACGAGCUGGAGAUUACUCAUGUGUUAAAAUUGGCUUUCCGAUCGGAAUUAAUGCUGCGGUGUAUAGUCACUUCAUUCUUUUCAGGAAUUCUGCUUUCUUUCAGCAAUGAUUACGCAUUCCUCAUCCUCACAAAACAUCUGGGUUUGCCCCCAUAUUUUCUUGGAAUCCUUACAACAGUAAACAUUUUAUCUGCGGAAAUCCCUGGAUUUUUGUUGUCAAAUGCAGUGCUGACUUAUCUUGGGGACAAUUGGUGCCUUUCGCUUGCAUUUUUACUGGUUGCAUUGCAGAACCUUGUAGUUGCAUUUACCCGAAACUACUGGUGGUUGCUGUUUUCUUCUAGUUUCCUUGGUUGUUGGUUUCCCCUCAUGUAUCACACACUCCUUGAUCAAGCAACACGCGCCGGUCGUACUGACCAUGCCAAGGCUGAUAUAGUGGCCAGCAUGCAUGGAAUAAUGAAUGCCGUUUUGGUUGGCAUCAGUGCCUCUUUUGGAGGUUUGUUCUGGGGAGUUUUACUAGAAUUCUUUUCUGGAAUACAACUGUUUUUCAUCGUUUCCGGAAUGGCAUUUGUUUUGACACUUUUGGUGCCUCUUUUUUGUUCAAUGAUUUCCAGGUUUGGGAUUGUUUCUGAAAAGCUGAAUUUUACAAUGUAAAUACAAUUGUUUGAUGCACA